AUGGUACAGCGUCUUACAUUUAGACGACGUUUGUCGUACAACACCAAGUCGAACCAAAGGAGAAUAGUAAGAACUCCCGGCGGUCGUCUUGUCUAUCAAUAUGUUAAGAAGCCCAAGAAGAUCCCGAGAUGUGGUCAGUGCAAGAGCAAGCUGAGAGGCAUUCAGCCCGCCCGGCCUGCCGAGCGCUCCAGACUGUGCUACCGUAAGAAAACUGUGAAACGUGUAUACGGUGGAGUCCUCUGCCACAAGUGCGUUAAACAACGCAUCGUCAGAGCCUUCCUGAUUGAAGAACAGAAGAUUGUCAAGGUCCUCAAAGCCCAGCAAGCCACCUCUAGACCCAGCAAAAAGGCGGCAAAAUGA